AUGGAGAGCUCAUGCUGGGCUGACAACACCGUCAAGCCCCCCCGCAGCUCUUCUCAACACGCACCUCCCAACCGCGACGUCUACCAAGAUCCAAGCAUUUUCGCGCCCCCUCGGAGCCAGCCCGUCCGAAUUGCCUCCCCCGAUCCCAACCCUGGUCCUUCGCUCUUCAACCCUGCGGUCGCUGCAGUAAGCGUAAUGCCAGGUCUUACACUAUCGACCGACACUGACAUCAACCAACAGCAAGUGGCCAACGAGAUGAAGGACAUGACCCAGGCGAUUCCCAAGCGCGGUCCUCGACCUCCCAAGACCAAGCCUCUCUCCGACAGACUCUCACCGCCUCCAGAUCGCUCUGACAGCGUCGUCAGUAUCCAACGUGCGCCACUCAGCAAUGCCACCAACACCCACGAUCGCCGUCAAUCCUCCCCGGCAGUUACAGCCAACCCCGCCAACGUCAACCACAAGCCGACAACUACCUCCACUCCGACUACUACUCCAUCAUCUAAGAUGCCAUCACGCCCCUUCCCCCUCCCGCACGACCGCAAGAAGGAGCAUGAUCGCCCUACUCACCGCGUCCCCAGCCCUGACGGCAACCAGUGGCAGAACCAGAAGAACAACAAGUUCGGUGCGUUCCUUCGAAUGGUUGACAACGAGCGCAAGGGCAAAGCUUACACCGCUGCAGACGAGAACAUGUUGCUCGAGCAUACCGGCACUCGCGAGAGCCUCGGUCGUUUCAAGAACAAGCCCAACGAGUACAACGAACUCGACGCGCCAGGCGAGGCCGAUGCAUCACUCAGCUACGACGACUACGCCGAGCCACCGGCUGCCGCUGCCCCUGUUUCCGCCAUCGCCACCACCGCAGGUACUAUCCCUGGCGCCCAUCGAGCCAACCUGAUCAAGGAGACUGAGAUGAUGGAGAAGCAGAAGGAGCUCAAGCAGCAGCGGGAGUAUGGAGAGAAGGCAAUCGAGGAGCGUAAGGCGAUGGAGGAUGCAGUACGUGUCGCACAGGAGCAGGAGGUCGCCGAGCGUAAGGCCGAGCUGAAUCGCCAACGCUACGAAGUCGAGGUUCACAACAACCGCGCAUCUUCAUUCUCAUCUGCGGCUGCCAUCUUCCCCCAGCCCUUUCACCCCAAGCCCAAGCCGAUCAUCGACACUGGCGCUCAGCUCGCCGCUGCCACGAACAAGAUGCUUGGCUUGAUUGAGGAGAAAGGCAGGCUCGAGGCCAUGCUCAAGCGUGGACAAGACAAGGUGGCGGAUCUCGACAAGGAGAUUGGUGACAUGGCUGAGCAGCUCCGUCUCCUGCAGCGACAGUAG